AUGGGCUCCCGACCCUUCCACGGCGGUGCAAGUCUCCGGAAGACCCCACGAAUCACGAACAAAACACGCUUGAAGAUCCACCGAGAUGAACUCGAUCUUGACUUCAUACCCGACGACGAGGAGGAAUCGAACCGGCUCUCGCAGCAGACUCAAGGUGUCGACCAAGAGGACUCCAAGGCGAGUCUACACCCUCAUACACGCGUCGAACUCCAUCUGUUGCAAGCACUGUCGCGCCAUGAUCCACGCUCUGGCGACCCGUCUUCCGUCCAAGCCUUCAUCCCCAUCCCCGAUAAUACUGGUCUCGUCGACAACUAUGCUGAGCUAUAUCCGCCCAAGAAGUGGAAGGAUCCCAUCACCUACCUAUGCACCUCGGCGACCGUAGAGGAGCACAUCACGGACGCUAUCGCUGAGGGGUUCACGUACUACAUGGACGAGCGGGAUGCUGAAUGGCUCAAUCGCAACAACGAGGCGGCGCGCGGGGAAGGCACCAGUGCUCAGGGUGCCAUCUCCGCCAACGCACGGACGUCUGUUCGCAGCACCAAGGGCAAGGGCAAGGAGGACACGAGCGUGCAGAUUACCGAGAACGAGUUCGAGCUUGUCAUGGGCGCCUUCGAAUGGGUAACGCAACACAAUACAGAGUUCUUGCACCUUGGUCUGCAAAAUGGGAUGCCCUUUCCUGGCUUCGCCGAGUAUCAGACUUUCUUCUCAUCGCCGUUACCUCGCAACAUGUUCGCAUCGUACAUAGUCCCCGCCUGGAUUCCUCCGCCUACCCAACUGCUCAAGGUCGCACGCGUCGUGUACUCGCACUGGCGUCAACGCCGCGAGGAGCGCGGAGGUCAUCGUAUCAUCCCCGUUCUCAAUUACGACGAGUCGGAUACGGCCAAUGAGUCCUACGUCUGCUUCCGCCGCCGCGAUACCAAGGCCGUGCGCAAGACUCGUGCGCAGCAAUCGUCGUCCUCGGAGAAGCUUGCGCGACUGCAAGCCGAUCUGACCCAACCUCUCGAUAUCGCCCGGUUCCUCCUACAACGCGAGCAAGCCAAGCGGGACCAAGCGAAAGCCGCGCAAAGACUGUUCGCCACCCGCGUGCAGUUCAUCGAUUACAAGCGCCGCUUUCCAACCUUGGGCGACAAGGAGGACGAGGUCAACUACUUGGUGGACAAAGAGCGGGUCGUGCGCAAGCCGGUGGAUCCCAAUCGUUCGUCAGCUGCGAAGUCACGGACGCCCGCCGACCAGCCUGCCACCGUCACGAAGCCUGUCGAUGUCUGCGUCAAACCACGAGACCGCUUCGACAGCAUCAUGGCGAGCGUCGAGCGCGAGCUCGCGAGGCAGAAGGACCGCGACAAGCACUGGCACGACGAUGUCGAUACACCUUACCAGCAGCAACACGUUCCGUGGGGCCGCCGCCUGUUCAAGUUCUGUCCUAGCACCGAAGAGGCUACUCCGCGCGCUGAGCGCGCUGUGCGGACAAGAGUUGGACGUGGCGGGCGGAUGCUCGUCGACCGUCGGACGGCAGCCCCGCGGCGCGUCGACGCGUCUGCCUCUCGAUCUGCUAUCUAUCCCGACCUUGGCAAGGCGGAGCUGGCGCAGGCGUCGCAGUCGAGUCUCUUUGGGCCCGCCAAGGAUGUGGACGAGCAGACGGAGUUCGACGAUACCGUCGAGCCAGAGGUGGCCGACGAGAGGCGCUCUGCCACCCUCGUGCACUCACAAGUUUUGGAGCAGCAGAAGGUCACGCAGGCUAAGGCAGCGAAGGAAGUUGUCGCGCCGAAGGCCGAAGGAGCAGAUGACAACGCGAUGAACGUGGACACGAAGGAUGCAGGCCUCGUCGUUCCGAAGCAGGAAGAGGGGUCGGCGUCGAUCUCUCCGCUCUCACUUCCGGUCGCUGUCGAAGAUCCAGACAAGCGUCUUGAAGCUCAGUGGGCAUUCGAUGCUGAUGACAUGCCCUCGAUCGGGCCCGAGGGUUCGGAGGAGCAGGAUCGUGUCUUGAUGGACGAUUACAACGUUCGCCAUCUGAAGUACACCAGCGCCAUCUUCCACCACAACGACAUGUCAAGCCUGGGACCGUGGCCUACCUGGCGCUACACCAACGCCGAUGGCCGCGAUAUCGAACGGCCUUUGCAAUACCUGCCCACGCCCGCCAUGCGUCCCCAGAUCCGCGACCCGCGGAUGCUGCACCAGGCGAUGCUAGCGCAGCGCGCCAAUGCGGCGCACGCCCAGCACGGCGCAGUCCAGCCCAUCGUCACCGCGCAGCCCGUAGGCGUGCCCACCAUAGGCACGAUCGCGCAGCCGCGUCCAGCGCUGGCGGUGGCCGCGGGUGGCGCGCAGCAGAUCAUGCCACAACAGGGCGGCCCUGCGCCCUCCGUAGCGCAUCACCAGCGCGUCCGCCCGCCGCCCAUCCAGCUCCCCAGCAACGUCCUCGCCCAGCCGCGUCCUGCUACCACUCAGGUCCCGCAGCAGCAGCACUCGCCGCCGAACGCGAAUGCGGCAAUCGCGGCGCCGCGGCCUCAGACCAUACCGAUACCACAUGUCGACAACCACGUAGGGGGUGGUGCGCCGGCCGUUCAGAGGAUACCCAGUCAGCAGCAGUUACAGCAGGCGCAGCCUCAGCAGCAGCACGCGUCCCCGCCCAACGGGGCAGUUGCUCGUCCGCCUUCGCAGCAGCCCGUCCACGCUCAGCAGGGCACCGUGUCGCACGGUGCGCAGCCCCAUGCAAACGGGGUUCAGCCUCAUACGAAUGGUACCCAGCAUCAGGCGAAUGGGGUGCAACUUCCGAACGGCCUCACGCCUGACAUGGUGGCUACGUACGCGUCGAUGUACAACAACGCGCAGUACAACGGUCAGCAUGCGCAGGCGGUGAAGACCGCGUAUGCGGCCGCGGCGCCCAGCGGUCGCCUUCCACCGUCGUACAUGCAUCUCGCCGCCGGGAAUUUCCAGAAGAUGACGCCGGCGCAGUGGCAGCAGCAGGUCAACGCGGUGAACGCGGCACGGCCGGCCCAGCAGCCCGUCGCGAAUGGGCAGGCGCAGCACGCUUCCCCGCCCCGUCCGGCAGCGUCGACCUCGCAGCCGCAGCCGGUCACCGUUCAUCAUGGGCAGGCGCAGAAUGGGUAUUGAGGCCGAGAAGGUGGAGGAUCGAAGACGUGCCACUUAUUUAUGAUGACGACCACGGUUGUCGUGCGAAGGGCGACGAUGGGGGAUGUCCCGCUUAUAUUCUUGAUAAUCAUACUACCAUAACGCUGUGUAUCAUAGUAUAUCGCUGUGUAUGUCGCCAGGCUUGGGAAGAGGGAGGAGGAUGGGUCCGUAGAGGCUGGUUUUACUGCAGAAUCAUAGGGACUACGUAUGCAUCUAGAUAUGACAGCUCCAUGCGAUCUAUGCUCUCUUCUCUGCCU